UUUUAGACAGUUCGGCCAGCUCAUGAGACAUAUCGCCCCACCUUUACGAACUGAACAAAGACUGCUCUGUGGCUUCAGAUGUUUAGAAAAAUAUUUAUAAUGCUAGCGCUGCGCCAUCGAGAUAUGGAUGAAAUUGCUGGUCCAUUAUUUCCGUAGAGCUCCUUGCCACUACAAUGAGGCUUCUCGCACCUCUCACGGUACUAUCGUGGUACAUCGCCAAAACUCAAGCGAAGGCAGUAUUCGCCCACUUCAUGGUACCCACCGCCCUUUUCUAACCCUCUAUUUAUAGACGGAAUGUCUUACUAACCGCGCCGUAGCUCGGGAAUUCGGCGGAAUACUCAGACAAUGAUUGGAGGAAUGAUAUUAAGCUAGCCCAAAAUGCCCAUAUAGAUGCGUUUGCCCUGAAUAUGGCGCAUAACGAGAUAUUCGCCGGCACACUCCAUAAGGCAUUCGAUAAUGCCGACAAGCUGGACUUUAAGCUCUUCUUCUCGUUCGACUAUGCCGGAAAUGGCAGCUGGCCGAAGCAAGACACCAUCAACCUCAUGAACGAGUACAUGAACCGCUCAUCAUAUUAUCACUAUGACGGCAAGCCUUUCCUGUCGACAUUUGAAGGCACAACCAGCCCCGAUUGGCCUGAGAUCAAGAACGUAACUAACGCUUUCUUCGUCCCCGACUUUUCUUCCAUCGGUCCGGUGGCCGCCGCCAACAAAUCCUAUGUGGAUGGCUUAUUUAGCUGGGCAGCUUGGCCCAACGGCCCUACAAACCUUAACACUUCGGCGGACGAUGCAUACAGACAUGCGCUAGGUGACCGCCCGUACAUGAUGCCCGUGUCCCCCUGGUUCUAUACCAAUAUGCCCGGCUUCGACAAAAACUGGGUGUGGCGCGGCGACGACCUCUGGUAUGAUCGCUGGCAGCAGGUUAUCUCCUUUCAACCGGAGUUCGUUCAAAUCAUCUCAUGGAACGACUACGGCGAGUCCCAUUACAUCGGCCCGCUGCACAAGAAUGCCUACAAAGCAUUCGACCGCGGCGAAGCCCCUUUCAACUACGCACUUGGCAUGCCCCACGAUGGCUGGCGUACCUUCCUACCAUACGCAAUCGACCAAUACAAGAACCCCAACUCGAGUAUCCCCAUCGACGAGGAAAAUGUCGUGUCCUGGUACCGUCUUCAUCCCGCCUCGGCCUGCACGACUGGAGGAACUACCGGGAACUCCAUAACGCAGGGCCAGGAGGAGUACAAGCCGUCAGAAAUUGUCGCUGACCGGAUCAUGUACUCCGCUCUGCUCAAUUCCACCGCCGAUGUCACCGUCGAGAUCGGGAAGAACAAAGUCAACGGCGCUUGGGAUGAUGUGCCCGAGGGUGGGAAGGGCAUCUAUCAUGGCAGUGUCCCGUUCGGGCAGGAUGGUGACGUGAAGGUUACCAUUUCAAGAGGUGACAAGGAGAUCGCCAGUAUAUCUGGAAAGGCUAUCACGUCGAAGUGCUCGGACAAGGAUAAAGGAUUCCAGAGUUAUAAUGCUUGGGUGGGUACUUCCGGGGCGCAUGGUACUAAGUUCCUGUCGAGCGGAAUGUGCUAUUUUACUUUUUUGGGAGCUAUCUUUGCUUUGGUGCGGGAAUUAGCCUCACUGUGACGUUGUUACGACUUAUUGGAGCAUGGAUGGUUUUUGUGUUACUAUAAUUAGAGCUUGUGAUAUAGAAAAUGAUUUGACAGCAGCU